UAAGUGUGCGUUUGGUUUAACAGCUGACGCUCAAUGUCCUCUUGCAUGUGUUUUUCUACGGUAGCAGUUAAAUCCUUCGCUAACUGUGAUGCACAGAGCAGCGCACACGGCUUUCUGCGACUGGCCUCAGUCUGUCAGAUCAGCGAUGAUCCGACAGAGUUUAAAAUGCACAGGCUGCCUCCAGAACAGCGCUCGUGCCUACGGUGUUGUUCCUGCGCCGCGCGACGGCGAGGAAAAGGAGAUGAUGCACCGGAUGCUGCGCGUGGAUCACGCGGGUGAAUACGGUGCUAAUCGCAUCUAUGCCGGGCAGAUGGCAGUGUUGGGCCGGUCGAGAACUGGACCACUCAUCCAGCAAAUGUGGGAUCAAGAAAAGAAGCACCUAUCAAAAUUCAACGAAAUCCUUGCUGAGAACAGAGUUCGACCCACGGCUCUUCUGCCACUCUGGAACCUGUCUGGGUUUGUUUUAGGGGCAUCCACUGCUCUGCUGGGUAAAGAGGGGGCCAUGGCGUGCACGGUGGCGGUGGAGGAGAGCAUCUCUGAGCACUACAACAGCCAGAUUAGAGCGCUGAUGGAGAGUGACCCAGAGAGAUACACUGAACUGUUACAAGUGAUAAAGGAAUUUAGAGACGAUGAAAUGGACCAUCAUGAUACAGGUUUGGAGCACGAUGCCGAAUCACUACCUGGAUACUGGCUGCUAAAAAACGCAAUCCAACUGGGCUGCAAAGCUGCGAUAUACGUUUCUCAACGUGUCUGAAUUUUAGCUUAAACACAACAGAAUUCCUUUUUUUUCGUUCUCUCUUUUGGAAAUGUUUGUUUGACGUUGUCAUCAAUGAAUGAAGGACCUUGUGACGCAACACAUUGUUGUACCUUUAUCAGAUGUGACAUUUGGUAUACAUACUUUUUAAAAAAAAAGACAUAAAUAGCUCAGUUGUGACUGCGUCAUUGCGAUGCAUUGAUUAUGCUUCAAUUUGUAUGUACGGCUGCUUAAAUGCGUCAAUAUUAUUUUCUCAAAUGUUUGGUUUUAGUUUUGCAUUAUCAGGAAAGCUAAAAAAAAAUUCAUGUUGUUGGUGGCAAAGUUGGCCAACUCUCUUUAAUAAAUAAGUCCAUAAAAUA